AUGGACCAGACAAUUUCAACUUCUUCAAAUGCAAAGGGAAUAAACGACCUCCCUGCUGAACUCCACUUCGAGAUCCUCUCAUAUCUUACCGACAAUAUCACUUCACAAAUAUCCGCUAGCAAAGUUUGUCAUCUUUGGGAAUCCAUCAUCCUGACCGACUCAUACUUUCAACUCCUUCGCUAUACGCCACUACAGACUCACCAUUCUGAACUUAUCGCAGUCAAUCAAAUCUUCAAUCUAACCGAAGCAUGGGUAUCACGACCAGACCCUAUUACUCGGCAACCGGAAAGUCCUGCCAUGGAACUUAGGUGCAAAAUCGUGGAUGAGGAAGUUAUAGCAUACCACUACGUCCCGGACAAGAACUAUUACGCUUAUGGAAAGGAAUAUAAUUUCGGACCCCCACCCCGCGACGGCGAACCUGGUGUCUUAGAUAUUUCUCGAAGCACAAUUCUAGACGAACAGUGUAUUCGUGAUAUCUCAAUCCUACCCAUCGAAGAACAAGAAUGGAAUGAAGAGGUUCCACGGUUAACUGCACCACUAGAGGAGUUGGAUAUUCUAACCGCCAUUCAUUUCCGUGGUGAAUAUUACCCAGACGUCAUAUUUGCUGAACCCGUCAAUUUCCUAGUCAAAGGAGGACUCACGAUUCGACAAUUACUCGAAAAUAUCGUUAGUACUUUGAUUGCAUCGAUGAAAUCAAAAUCGGAUCUAGAUACUAAAAAGGAACAUUAUGUAUACCUUGCAAUGCGGUAUAUUCGGGAAGGCGGCUGUAACGAAUGUUGGUUUCGAACAUAUCUUUGUCAUCCGGACGUGAGGAUAUCUGAGGAUGGGAAGCUUUUGAACGUCGUUAUCAGAGAUGCAAUGUAA